AAGGUCACUUCACUGGCGUUCCUGGCGGAUAGCAAGUCUUUUGCAGCAGCAUAUGAUACCCCCCAGCCUCAUACGGCUUUCUCUUUGCGUCUUGCGAUUAUGGAUUUUGGAUGUCAGCUCCGCUUUCGAGCUACGAGUUCUCUUCUCAUUAUCCUAUUGUGUUCAGUCCCAUUCAAUUGGGCAUUUUUCGUGUACAAGUCCCAUAAACUUGGGCAAUUAUCGUGUAAAAGUCCCGUUAUCGGGCAUACCCUUAUGGGUACUGGGUGUAACAGUCAAGUUUUGGCCCUCAUCUGGCAGCUGCCAAGUGUGAAUUUAGUGGAAGCGGCAGAGGCGAGGAGUGGGCAUGUACAGUAGUAGACACACUCGGUUGCAACCCUCUUGUAUUUGCGUCCCAGUGCGAGAAUAAAAACUAAGUUGCUUGCGAC